GGUGUUGCUAUUACACAAGAGAAUUCUUUAUUAGACAACACUGCAAGAAUUGAGGGUUGGGUAGCUAGAUUUCCAAUGUUUGACUGGGUGGGUGGUAGAACCUCUGAAAUGUCUGCAGUUGGUCUGCUUCCUGCAGCGCUUCAGGGAAUUGACAUUAAAGAAAUGCUUGCUGGUGCAUCAUUGAUGGAUGAGGCAAAUAGGACCACUGUGGUGAGGAAUAACCCUGCAGCAUUGCUAGCUUUAUGCUGGUAUUGGGCUUCUGAUGGAGUAGGAUCCAAGGAUAUGGUUGUUCUUCCAUACAAGGAUAGCCUAUUAUUAUUUAGUAGGUAUUUACAGCAGCUGGUCAUGGAAUCAAUUGGGAAGGAGUUUGAUCUGGAUGGUAAUCGGGUGAAUCAGGGACUUACCGUCUAUGGAAACAAAGGGAGCACAGAUCAGCAUGCCUACAUCCAACAACUGAGGGAGGGUGUGCACAACUUCUUUGCAACAUUCAUUGAAGUGCUUCGUGAUAGACCCCCUGGCCAUGAUUGGGAGCUUGAACCAGGUGUCACAUGCGGUGACUACCUGUUUGGAAUGCUACAGGGAACAAGGUCUGCUCUGUAUGCCAAUGACCGCGAGUCCAUUACAGUUACUGUGCAAGACGUGACACCUAGAUCUGUUGGGGCACUAGUAGCACUGUAUGAGCGAGCGGUUGGGAUUUAUGCCUCGCUGGUCAACAUUAAUGCUUACCAUCAACCUGGCGUGGAAGCUGGGAAAAAGGCAGCAGGAGAAGUACUAGCUCUCCAGAAGCGGGUUCUUCAAGUACUCAAUGAGGCCAGCUGUAAAGAGCCCGUUGAACCAUUAACACUCGAUGAAGUAGCCGAACGUUGCCAUGCUCCCGAAGAUAUUGAGAUGAUUUACAAGAUUGUUGCGCACAUGGCUGCCAAUGACAGAGCACUGAUUGCCGAAGGCAGCUGUGGUUCACCACGGAGCAUCAAAGUUUUCCUUUUGGAGUGUAUUGUGGAUGAAAUAUAGGCAUGAGUUGUGACUGCAGAACCACGUUUUGUAAGUUAUUCCUCGUGUUUUUGAUUUUUCACAUAAAAAAGGCUUCCAGUCAACUUGUUUUGAAAGUCUGCUUUGGAUCUUUUGUUAGUAUUGAGAAUAAUUACGUUGGAAUUAUCUGGAACAAAAAUCUUGUUUUGAGUUCUGUUUCUCCACACUUUCACUGUCAUGCUAUAUGUUAUCGCUUAUGCUUAGUCUCAACUACAAGAAAUUCAUUUGAAGGGACUGAAUAAAUUUGUAGCUCGUGUUGCAUCGGAGAACUCUGAUUCCUUCAAGCAUGCACAUCAAUUGCAAAGCCCAUUAUUGCGCUUUUGGUAU